AUGUCGAUGCUGUCGACCUCAUUGCCGGCGACCCCGAUGCUGGCCCCAAGGCCAUCGGCCCCGACUCCAUCGAUCCUCGACCCGGUCCGAGUCAAGGAGACACUAGCAUCAGAAGCAUCCUCAGAAGAAGGGCCCCCGCCCGAGACCAAGCAGGUCCCAGCGAUCACCACACCAGCGGAAAAACCUACCUUACUGCCAACGCCACAGCAGAAGCCCGGCCCUUCGGAGCCAAAGCCGGAUGAGAAGCUCACCCUGACACCAAAGGAGAAUCCGGCAUCGCAGCAGCAGGUGGCCCAAACAACAGCGGAAGUGGAGCCGACAUCGAAGCAGAAGGUGGCCCAAACAGCAUCGGAAGUGGAGCCGACAUCGAAGGAGAAGCCGGCCCAAACAGCGCCGGAGCCGACACCGAAGGAGAAGCCGGCCCAAACAGCGCCGGAGCCGACACCGAAGGUGGCCCAAACAGCACCGGAGCCGACACCGAAAGAGAAGCCGGCCCAAACAGCACCGGAGCCGACACCGAAAGAGAAGCCGGCCCAAACAGCACCGGAGCCGACGCCGAAAGAGAAGCCAGCCCAAACAGCACCGGAGCCGACAGUGAAAGAGAAGCCGGACGUGUCGAUGCACCCAGAGGGGCGAGUCGAGGAGCUUGUCAUAGAGAUGCCUGCUGGGACAGCAGGACAAUUUCGACAGGUCGAGGUGGAGUCGAUCGACCAAGAGCAUGAUGAUGAUUCUUCUAUGCUUCUGGGUGAUGGUGGCAUCCCAAAUCUAGAUGAUUUCGAUGCACCCCGCCCAUCACCGGAAGAACCCUCCUUGUCAGCAGGAGCCAUCGAUCGCCGCAUGCGCAGGGUCUUCACAAUCAAAGCAUCAGGUGAAUACAAGGUAUGUUCCAAGUUCGUGGAUAUGUGGAAGAAGAAGGGCUCAAGCCGGGAGACAUUGGGCAAAAUCUUUGCUUCAUGCGGAUACAGUGCAGAAGCCUUCGUCACGCAGCUGGAGGAGAUCGAGGAGAGCUUCGAAGAGGACGAACUCCUCAUCGAGGGUGAAUAUGCUUCGGAGGAAGCUAUGGAGGAAUGGGGCUGGUCUGAGAAGAGGAUCGAAGCUGUGAAGAAGUACUGUGCUUCGAACCCCACGAAAUUCAUCAGGAGGGACACCUACGAGCCCUCUCUGCUCCUGUACUGGUGUGAGAAGACUGUGAAAGCCAAACACAGGCAGGGCGAGCGAAGGAUAAGGCGACAGAUAUCUCGCUUCGAGGGCCAAGGAAUCCUGCCUUCCCAGCAGGAAGCCAAGUCUGGGCCCAUCGACCCUGGUGCAGGUAUUGUCCACGACUUCAAGGAUGUGGAUACAAAGGCUGCCUUGGAAACCAAGGAAAUCUUGGACAUGAGAAAGAAGGCAGGGGUGCCGGACAUCAACCCGGAUGCAUUGCCGAGUUCAUACUGCCAGAAGCUUCUGGUGUGUCUGAACAAGCGGAACACCAAGCUCCGGGAUUUGAAGGAUGCCUGCCCGACCCAGAACCAGAGUGGAGACAACAUCUUAAGCACUUCUCAACAGAAGAUGUACGACAAGAUCGGCAAGCUCAGCCAAGAGCUGGAGACCUUAGAGGACCAGCUUGAUGAUGCCCACAACAAAGGCAUCGUGGACGGCUUCACCCCCGAGUUUCUGGGAUUGAGUCAAAAGCAGACUUGCUCAUAA